AUCUGAAAUCAAAACACGGCUCAAUAAAGUAAACGAGCGAUAAAAAUAUAACCAUUUUUAAUAGCGUUUGCGAAUAUACUGUUUGCUGCUGUUUCACGAACGCAUAAAUCAAUGGCUGUUCGGUCCAAAAAGAUGUGCUCGUUGCAUGGCCUCGAUAAGUUCCUCAGAGCUCGUGAUGCGUGCUCGCCACUUAGUAUUUCAUGUUAGAUGUUUUUCAUGUACCGUGUGCAAUUCACCGUUAACAAAAGGCGAUCAAUUCGGUAUGCGUGAUUCAUCAAUAUAUUGUCGUUCACAUUAUGAAAUAGCAUUGGAAUCACCGACAACAACAUCCACACCAUUGGGUAUGACAUGCCAGUAUUCACAGUAUGGUUCAUCACCAAAUGGUCAUACAAGCCCAAGCAGUAAUGAAAAUGCGGCCAUGAAAAUGGGCUCAUCGAGCGGAUACUUUGGACCACCUACACCACAUUCAAUGACCGGCACCGGUUUACCACAAACGCCACGCCAAAAAGGACGUCCACGAAAACGGAAACCAAAAGAUAUCGAAGCAAUGACCACAAAUUUGGAUUUGAACUCGGAGUAUUUGGAGUUAGGUUUUGGACGCGGUGGUCCAUUGAGUGCGGCAUCACGAGCUAAACGGAUGCGAACCUCAUUUAAACAUCAUCAAUUACGAACUAUGAAAUCCUACUUUGCAAUCAAUCACAAUCCGGAUGCAAAAGAUCUGAAACAAUUGUCACAGAAGACUGGCUUGCCCAAAAGAGUUUUACAAGUAUGGUUCCAAAACGCUCGAGCUAAAUGGCGUAGAAUGAUGAUGAAACAAGAUGGAAAAGGUAGUGAUAAAGGUGACGGUUCACUAGAUUUAGAUAGCUACAGUCAUAGCCCAACAUCGUUUAUAAUGGGAGUUGGAGGACCACCCAGCCCAAAUUCAAUUGAUUAACAGUUGAAAUUAAGGCAAUGCUUAAUCGGAUUGAUCUCAUUGCAUGAACGAAUUCUAUAGCAAAAAUCAGCUGAUGUGUGCCGUUUGCAUGCACUACGUUAAUAAGUAAAAAAAAAAAGUAAAAAAAAAAAAAUCACUACCAUACACAAAUUCCGCCUUCUUCUCCCUCAUACGACAACAUAAUAUAAUGCAAAACCAACACAGAUGAUGCCAAAUGCAGGAUGAAGUUUUAUCAAGACAAAUCACAAACGAAAACCCGAAUCGAAAAUUGUUUACAUGCAAAUUCAGAUCGCAUUAACAUCCUAGUUCAAUUUCAAACGUACACCCCAAACACUUCAAUUUAUGUGUUUUUUCCCCUUAUCUUUGGCAAAAUGGCCUUUUUUAUAAAUUGAACUCAAUUGGAAAUAAACUCGCAAUAUACCAGUGCUAUGUUAUACUAGCUAUAUUUCCAAUGAAUAUUUUCGAAAUGUAGCGAAGAAAGCAAAACCUAUAUUUAUAUGUAUAUCAAAUGUCAAAAUCCGUCGGAAAGACGCAAAAUUAAUUUUAGGGAUAAUUCAGGGAUCAAUUUGCACGUUUUUUUUAUUUUCUUUCUAAAGAAAAUGUUUGAUUGAAAAUUCCAUCAUUUUCGUUUUUAACACUUUCGUAUAAAAUACAAGUGUACUAAACAUAUAGUCGCGCACAAACAUACACGUUCUAAUCAAUAGAAUUGUUUUAAAUAUCAAUAUGAUUCGACCUGGUGACUGGAAAUUAAGAAAAAAUUAUAAGUAAACUUUCAAGACCAAAUCAUUCUAUGUAAUUAGAUCGCAAUUGCGAAACAACAAUUGCACACAUUUCGUAUAAUUGUCUAUAAAAUGAAAAUGGAGUCGUUAAUAGAUGCAGACGGUAAAUUCAAAGAAAGAUCUUCGUUUUGUCCAGUUUUUUUACCUUUUUUAACUCAUAUACCAAUAGUACAUUAAAAUUUGUAAUUUAUUUUAAACUUCAAACCCAAAAAAAAAACGAAAGAAUACUUUUUUCCAGCCAAAAAAGUAUAGCGGAAUAUCUGUUUGAAUUGAAUUCUAUCCGUGUUCGAUUAUAGUUGUACUUCUUUCGAACUAACUUAAUUUUACUAAAAUAUAGAAACUAUUUAUAUGUGUAUAGAAUUUAUCAGCAAAAAAAAAAA